GUACUUCCUGUAUUUGGUGAGAGAAGAAUGGAGCAGGAGAGAGAGAGAGAGAGAGUGAGAGCGAGAUAGUGAGUCAGCUAGCUUUAUCUCGGGGUCAACAGUAACUGAUCACGUCAGUGUUGGAGGAAGGAGAACAGAUUGAUUUGUGAGAUACAGUCCGCAGCCUUUCAUUUACUUUGUCCAGAUUCCUCUGUUCAUUAACAGCGGCUGUGAAGACAAGACAGAGACAAAAAGAGGAGGGGAAAGAUAAGUGUCAAUCUGUUCAGACUUGUUUGGGAAUUUGAGCAGGGAAGGAGGGAGGAGGGGUGAAACAGCAAGAGGGAGAAGAGCAGAGGAGAGAGGUUGACAGACAUACCGAGAAGGAAACAGAUGCGGAGAGAAACAGAGGGUCAGGAUUGGAUUAAAGUUUAAAUAGAACUUUGUUCGCCAUUCUGACGCCCCCCCCCCCCAGCAGAUCUGGAGAGGAAGGAGGAUUGCUUGUGUUGUGCAAUCGUUGUUAGUUUACACUACUGAACUAACUGAGAGCUGCAGAGAGAAGGGAGACUGGACAUCUCUAGCGUACUAAACUCAGGUUCUAAAAAAGUAUGUUACCAUGGGGACCAAACGUCCCAGUCUGACUCCCUUUGAUACAUUUGAUCCAUCCAAUCAAAGCGCUUCCUACCGGAACCCUCAGCCAAUCAGCCAGAUCUGCCGCGAAACAAGUCCCAGACCUGGAACUCCGGCCCGGACAGACAGAGAGAGGGAGAGGAUCCGAGAGGAGGAAUGGAGGAGAGAAAGAGAAAUGGAGAGAUUGAAGGACAAAACAAGAAAUAGAAGAAAAGAGAUGGAACCCGGACCAAGAGAGAGGAACAGAGAGAAGGAGUGUGCCCUCAUAUCCAGAGGGAGGGAGGAGGAAAGGGAAUGGAGAGAGAGAGAAAGGGGGGGAGCGGGAGAGAGACGUGCCAAUGGAAGACCUACUUCAAAUCUGGAGAUCAGGAACCACAGAGACAGAGAAAAGGAGAGAAAGAAAGGAGACACGUUUCCUAGAAUGGUAAAACAUAGCAAAGAGAGAGACAGAAGAAUGAGUGCAUUUGUGGAGGAAGAUGUGGGGAAAGAAGGAAUGAGACAAUUGGAGAGACAGAAGGGAACAGAGAUGGACGACUGGGAGAGAGAACGAGAGACAGCAGCAAAGAUACAGCGGUAUCGAGAUGCAGAGAGGGACUUCCAAAGGCACAGGGAGAGGGAGAGGGAGAGAAUCAGGGCACAGGAGGACAGAGAGAAAAAUGGAGGGAGGCCCAUGGAGGAUAAGACCGUGAGACGGAGGGAGAGAGCGAGGGAAGCGGAGCCAGAUUUCAGAGAGAGGAGAAGAGAGAGGGAUUCAAAGGGUAAUGACCUAUGGAGCAAAAGAGAGAGGUAUAUGGAUGGAGAGAGAGAGAGGUCAAAACUACGGCAGGGAGAAAGAGAGGAUGGAAGAAGAGAGGGAGAUUCACAGAACUAUUCGGAUAGAGAGGGCAGGGAUGGAAGGAGGGAAGGAAAUACCGAGGGACAGAGGGACACCAGGAGUGAGGGAGACAGUGAUGGAGAGAAGAGGAAAGAGAGAGUGAGAGAUGACAACAGAAGAGAACUGAAACAUCUGCACAGUAAAAGUGAGGGGGACACUGAGGGGAACGCAGCAUGGGAUAGAGUGAGGGAGAAAGAGAAGGAGAGACAGAAAUGGAGAGGGGGGGAGAUAUACAGAGAGAGGGAUGGAAGGAGAGAUGCUUAUAGACAGAGAGUUAGGGAAGGGGACAGGGAUGGAAAGAGUGACAUGGAGAGAUACAGAGAGAGGGACAGGAGAAAAGUGAGGGAAGUGGAGAGAGAGAGGGAUGAGGUGAGAGAAGGGGCCAGGCGAGAGGACAGACCAAGGGAAAGGAGGGACCUAGAGAAAGUGAGGGUGGGAACACAGCCCAAUGUAACAGGAGAGAGAGGGAAGCGUAUGGAUGGAGAGAGACGCAGAGAGAGGGAGAGAUAUUCCAAGGAGGAGGAUGAAGAGAGAUUCAGAGAGAGGGAGAGAUAUUCCAAGGAGGAGGAUGAAGAGAGAUUCAGAGAGGGGGAGAGAUAUUCCAAGGAGGAGGAUGAAGAGAGAUUCAGAGAGAGGGAGAGAUAUUCCAAGGAGGAGGAUGAAGAUAGGAGGUGCAGGGAGAAGAGGGACAGAGAGACAGAUCCCAAAAGGGAGGGAGGAGCAGACGGAGCUAGUCGACCGCUGAGCGAGACAGCCCCAAGGGUGCCACCACGAGUCCAGAGCAGCGGAGAAUGGAGCAGUGACAUAGAGAGGGAAAGAAAAUGGAGAAGAGGAAGAGAAAGUCAUGAAGAGAAGGAGUCAGAGGGAGAGAAGGAUGUGGACAAGGGGCAGAGAGACUGUAGUGAAAGAGAGAGACUAGAUAGAGUGAGGGGGAGAGAAGAAGGAAAGGAAGAGACGAUACCAAAGCGCCCUGAGCAGAGGAGGAUGUGGUUAUUACCACAGAGGGUCAGAUAUAACAAAGACUCCUCUUUAGAGGAUGAGGUUAUAGAACGAGAAAGAGAUAGGCACACUAACAGAUGGAGAGAGAGAAGUGAAGAAGAGGACAGAUCCGUGGAACAAAGGACAGGCAGAGAUAAAGAGAGGAAGACAGAGGGAGAAGGACAAGAGGAUAGGUCGGUGGAACAAAGAAAGUCCAUAGACGAAGAGAGAGAAACUGAUAGGGAGGGAGGGAGGGAGAGGUAUUUGGAGAGAGGGUUAAAUGUAGAUGAAGACAAUGAGACAGAAGCCUGGAGGAGUUAUAGCAGAGGAGAGGAACACCAGACUUACAGCGAUGGAGAGAGAGAGGAACGCUGGCAGAGGGACAGGGAGACAGAGAGAGAGAAUGUGACAGAUAACACAGAAGGUGACAGAGAGAAAGAAGGAGGAAGUGAUAGAUAUAUACUCUUCGAGAGCGAUGGAGGAAGUGAUAGAGAGUGGGAAGGAGGGAGGGAUAGAAUCCCUUCCUCUGAGGACGGCUUUAUCACUGUGUCCAGUGGUGGAGAAGAGGAGUUUGAGGACUGCAAGGAAUUCUUGGAAGUUGGGGUUGCUAUUCAUGUUACCAGGCAACCUGUUAGCUUUCAGGGGAGCGAGGGAGAGAUGAAGAGAGGUGGAGGGAGAAGACAUGAAAGAGAGAGAGAAAGAACAGAAGAGAGGACAGAGCAAAAGGAUGAUGCAGUGGUGGGAGAGGUGAAUGAUGGAAAGGGGAAGAAGCCACCCACCUAUGUAUUCUGUGUGAUUGGACAAACACUGCCCAGGUCAAAACCAAAUCAGACAGCAGUCUUGGGUGACAUGGAAUCAGAGCGGACCAAUCAAAAUCCUGGAUAUGGUCAUAGGGACAGUGAUGACAUCACACACCUCCCUCAUGAGAACCCUUCCAGAGAUGGAGACCAAGGGGCAGAGGAUGAGAGAAAAAUAGUGAGGGAUGAGAUCCAUGUGCCAAAGGAGGAGAGAACAGACACAGAAGAGAGCUCCAUAGUGGACGUCAGUCACACCACCCUAGAACGAGAGAGCGGAGAAAGACUGAAGGUCAUGGAGGAGAACCCAUACGCUGAGAUAGAGCGAAGGAGGAACUCUGAGACCGAAAAACUCCUCAAAGAGUGGAGAGAAAGACAUGAAGAGUACACAGAAACAAGAGAGAGGGACCCAACAGACAGGAGGAGGAUAGAACCAGAGAUAGGUCCAUCUUCGCAUCCCAGUGGAGAGUACCACCACCAUGGGAUCCCUGUAGUUGACCAAGCCACCUCUGACCAGAAUGACCCUGUAGUGAUGAGCCCAGAGGAAGCUGUGGCCAUCCAGAUCUGUAUAAGGGGAGCCUGGAGCACAGAAGAGGAGGCCAAGCGCCACUCCCCGGCCUCACACAUGAAGUGGGCCAAGAACGUAUUGAGUGAGAUCCUUGGCAGCUCGGAGGAACCAGCCCUCGGCAACCCACAGCCAGAGUCACAGGGAGGUCAAGAGGUCAGCCAGACUACGAGAGGGACCGAGAGGGUAGAAGUGGAGUUAGAGGAAGAAAAGGAUGAGACGCUAGAGGGGGGAGGAGCCUCACCCGUCUACGCCACGGUUCAGAAGAGGAAGAAGCGUGGGAGGAAGUCGGUGGAGGAGAGGCUGGCUGAACAGGAGGCAGAGCCAGGGAAGGUGGAGGAUGAGAGAGGUACAGGGGAGAAACUAACAGACGUGCAUGCUGAGGCUUUCACAGCUAUGCUUGGUGAUGGCAAACCCAUAGACAUGCAUGCUGCCCUGACCCUACACAAUACUCAUGGUGACACACCUACAGACACACAGGGAGAGGAGGUGGAGGGUAACAAUGUGUGUGCGGACAGACAAACAGACAGUCAUAUACAUAUCCAGGUAGAGAUGGUGACAGAGGAUGAGGGUGAGAUGGAGAAAGGGGUCGAAGUUGGGGACGAGGUUCAUAUACUGGAUGCAGAGAAAGAAGUGAAUGCCCAGAAAGAGGAAGAUCUGUUUCUCUCUGUGAGCAACACCCUGUACAAACCAACCAGCUGCCCCAGCCUUAUAUACAACCCUGAUUCAGAACAACCUAUCACCACCAUAGAGGAAAAGACAGAGGAAGAAGGGGAGAAAGAGAGGACUGUGGGAGAGGGGAAGCAGGAAAGGAGGAUAGAGGAUGGGACCGAGGACAGGGGGAAAGUGGGAGAGGUGACUGAGGAGAGGAAAGUGGAAAGGGAGGAGGAGAAGAGGGUAGGAGGGGAAGAGGAGAGGAUGAGGGAGGGCAAGGAAGAGAGUAAAAAAACGGGAGGAGGGAAGGUGAAGAGCACUUGUAGCUUCCAAGAUUUGGGCACCGAUGUUCGAUAUAGGAGGCGGGGGUUCCGCAAGACAACAGAAAGAAGAAACGAGGAAGAAGAAGGAGGAAGAGGAGAUGCGAGGGAUCGCAGAACAAGAAUAUUCCAGGUGUCAGAUGAUGAGGAGGAGGAGGUGAGCUUCAACUGGGGAGACGUGGACCUGAGGAAUGUCACGGAUACCAUCAGAAUGGCUAGGAGGAACUCCAAAUUUUACAAUUCCCAGCUCUACCAGGAGUACAGUGAGACAGCUCAGAACAGGGAGAUCCUCAGUCAGUCUUGCUCUGAGGCCCUGUCCAUCUACGAGGAGCUCCCUGUCCCCCUGGCCCCUUCGCUCCCUCCGGCACGCAGGCCCUUACCCUGUCUCCCCCCAGUCAUCCACCCCCACUCUCUGUCCCACUCUGGCUCUACCUCCAGUGGCACCAGUGCCAAGUUCCUACCCGUACCACAGCUGCCCCAGCCCCCCCCGGCCAGGCCUUCCUCUCCCCGCCUCUCCAUCUCCCUCACCCAGUCCCCCAGCCUGUGGCAGGAGAUCCCUGAGGUCAGGAACAGUGCUGUGUUUGGGGAGCUGUCUAACGACCAGAGACGCCUGCAGGAGGUGCAGUUUGAGGUUGUAACUUCGGAAGCGUCGUACUGUCGUAGUCUGGAUAUUGUGGUGGAUCACUUUGUAAAGUCUAAGCAGCUCGGGGAGCUGUUGACUACUCAGGACAGGAGCUGGCUGUUCUCCAGGCUGGCUGAUGUCCGAACCAUCAGCCACAGUUUUCUGUCGAAGCUGGAAGAGAGGGUAGAAUCUGAUAUGAUGCACUUCACCGUGUGUGACAUCAUCGCUCGCCACUGUCAACGCUUCAAGAAGGUCUACGUGCCCUACCUCACCAACCAAUCAUAUCAGGAUGCCACUUACCAGAGACUCAUGGAUGAGAACCAAGGGUUCAGGCGGGUAGUGGAGAAGUUGGAACGCAGUACAGUGUGUCAGCGUCUUCCUCUUCGCUCCUUCCUCAUCCUCCCCUUCCAGAGGAUCACACGAAUCAAACUCCUUGUGCAGAACAUUGUGAAGAGAACAGCCCAAGGCACAGAGGAGGAGGUCCAGGCCAUCAAAGCUAUGAAGCUACUGGAGAGGUUGAUCCAGGAGAGCAAUGACAGUAUUACUCAGAUGAAGAGCAUUGAGUCGCUUGUCUCUCUCAGUGCCAGAGUGGACUUUGAAUGCAGGACUCUCCCCCUGGUCAGUCAGUCUCGUAGGCUGGUGAGAGAGGGGCCGGUGACUGAGAUGAUGGAUUUCUCUCUGAAGGAGACAGAGAGGAGUGUCUACCUUCACCUCUUCAAUGACUACCUGCUGCUGUCGCUGAACAAAGAAGGGGGCAGGUUCACGGUGAUAGACCAUGCUCCAGUGUCAGAACUGAGAGCUGAGAACUGUCGGGUCAAACUGCACUCUCUAGAGAAGAACCUUUUCCGCCUCCACCUUAACAAGAAAGCCCUGCUACUUAGCACCGACACACAAGGUGAUAAACUGCGUUGGAUCUCAGCUGUCUCCAGGCCCCAUCCUGUUAUUGACUACUCUGCAGAACAAGACUUCACACAGAUGCAGUGCGUCCGAGCCUUCGUUGCCCACCAACCAGAUGAGCUGUCCCUGGAGAAGGCUGAGGUCAUUCUCGUCCACCAGCAGAGCAGCGACGGUUGGGUGGAGGGGACCAGGCUGUCAGACAGACACAGAGGAUGGACUCCUGAGUCCCAUUUGGAAACCAUAGCCAGCCUCAGGGUCCGACAGCGCAACCUGUUGGAUGCUCUAAAGAUUACCACAGCCACGGCUGCAGUAUGACAAACCAUCCACUGUCUGACUGCGCUGGGGGAAUCCUAGUCACUGUGUAUCAAUGUGGUGGAGUUACUGUGGACCUGUGGAUUUGGACAGUGGAUGAAACAUAGUGUUUCAGACUGGAGUUGUCCUUCCCGGCCUCAGCCUGCUUAGUGGGAAUGAACGGCAAGGGGAUGAAUGGCUUUAGAGGGGGUGCCUUAGAGAGAGGCACUGGACUGACAUGAAUACCUUUAACACUUACAGGAGUGUCAACGUAAAUUAUUGGAAGGGUUUUGGAGGUGUCUGUGAGUGUCUAGGGUAGCCUUGUAAAUCAAACCUUGCGAAUGAAUGCCGAUUGACUGUUACAGGAUCUAUUGGAAGUCAGCCAUCUAAGAACAUCAGUGGAUUGAGGACCUGUGGCCCCGGAGAAGGACAGAAGUUUCUCCAUAACUACUUUACUUGGGGACUUUAAAAAGACAUGGUAUGGGGCCUCCCGAGUGGCGCAGCGGUCUAAGGCCACUACAGGUCACUACAGACCCGGGUUCGAUCCCAGGCUCUGUCACAGCCGGCCACGACCCGGGAGACCCAUGAGGCGGCAUACAAUUGGCCCAGCGUCGUCCGGGUUAGGGGAAGGUUUGGCCGGCUGGGAUGUCCUCGUCCCAUUGUGCUCUAGUGACUCCUGCACGCUGACUUUGUUUGCCAAUUGUACAGUGUUUCCUCCACAUUGGCUGGCUUCUGGGUUAAGCAAGCAGUUUUGGAAGACGCCUGGCUCUCGACCUUCGCCUCUUCCAAGUCCGUACAGGAGUUGCAGCGAUGAGACAAGACUGUAACUACCAAUAAGGAUAUCAUAAAAAUGGGGUAAAAAGUACAAAAACAAGACAUGGUAUGAUGCACCAUGGCAGUGUUUUGCAAUAGAGGUUAUUGUAUUUGAACAACAUGUUUCUACAUAUUCAGGGAAAUGUAUUAUUUGUGUAUAUUACAAAGAUUUUCAUAAAUUACUUUUAUGGGGGGUACUUAUUGGUUGACGGCUCAAAUUGAAUACUUCCGCUGCUCUAUAUUCACUACAUACUUCAGUAUAAGACUGCCAUCGUUGAAGUCGUUUGUGGUGAUGUCUAAAUGAGGGGUGUUGUACAAAACAAAUGAAUCAGCGACUUGAUCAUCUUUAACCAAUCAGAGUAUCAAAGCCAAUGACAAAUGUUUUAAACGCCACUUUACCGACGUGUGCUCUGGAUCUGGCCCAACCCAUUGGUUUCUGGGACCAAUCAGAACGGUUAGAAUGUGUUUGCUUUCUAGAAAUUGUCAGGGAGGUACUCAGAUUCAGAUCCGGAGAAGAAACUAAUGUCUGUGGACAUGGCGUAGCAUUUGGCUGGAGCAAAGAGUUUGAGUAGCCAGGCAAGGAUACUUAAUCCCAUUUGAGAUACAGAAGACUAUGAGAUAAAGAGAGUUUGCAUGCACAUUGUUAAGAAUGUUGAAAGGGCUGUAAGUGCAAUACAUUUCCAGGACUGUGCAUGUAGCCUACACAAUUUGAUUUGAUGAAAAAGAGGUGCAAUGAUCAAAAUAAGCAGUUCUGUCUGUGUUGAGGAGACUGAGAAAGUAUGCUUUGGAAAUAAAUGACGAUACUCAUGAAUAUUA